AUGCCUUCCCGUUGUAUUGUUCCUGGAUGCAAAGGAAAUUAUGAUAAUGGUCCUCGUGUGAGAGUCUACAGUUUUCCAUCUAAUGAAAUUUUAAAAAAGAAAUGGCUUAAAGCUAUACCUCGGAGUAAUUUUAAAUUAACGAAAGCUUCAAAAGUUUGCGAACUUCAUUUCAAAGAUGAAGAUAUUGAGAUGGAGACAAGUGCAUAUGAUCCAUCCUCUGGAAAAAAAAUAAGUGCACCUCUUUCACGUUCUCGAUUAACGAAAGAAGCAAUACCAUCUUUAUUUCCGGGUUGCCCUGAAUAUUUAUCCUAUCAGAAACAGAAUCGAGAAUCUCCGUAUGAUAAGAAAAUACGAUUACAAAAUCAGCAACUGCAUUUGGCUCUACAGGAAAGCAUGAAAACGAAAUCAGAAGAAGAAUGCUUAGAGACUCAGCAAAUCCCGUUAUUUUGGUCUAUAAUCAGAAAGGAAGAUGAGACAUUAUUUAUUCACAUCAAUACUCAAGCAGCACCAGUUAUUGAAGCCUCUGUUGUUCUUAAAUAUGAUUUAAGUGUCUCAGCAUUUAUUGGUAAUGCUGCAAUAAAAUCAUGCAAAGAACGUAACUUUCCUGUGAAAGUUGGAGAUAUCAGAAAUCUCCAAGAAAUACUAGAUGGUGUACAGUCUCUGUUAAUACCUGUAGCUCAAAAUGAAAUUCAAUCAAUUUUGGAUACAAUUUUGGAAUUAUUGGGCCUUCUUAAACUGAAUGAUGAAGUCGAAGAAACUGUUAUUAAUUUUUUGGCCGAACAAGUUUCACUUUUCUCGGUCAAUAAAGUUAAACGGAGAUACUCACCAGAAAUGCUAAUAUUUUCAACUUUAUUGCAUUCCAUAUCUCCACACGCGUAUAAGUUUUUACGACAUUCGGGAAAUAUAAUUCUUCCCCAUCCAGCAACAGUUAGAAAAAUUUGUACUGAAUUUAAUGCAAGUCCCUUUAAAGAGCAAUUUGAAGUAAACUUCCUUCAUUAUGCGAGAGAGAAAUUUGUGGAACUUCAACCUCAUGAAAGAAUUGUUUCUGUAAUGAUGGAUGAAAUUCAUAUUAAACCAUAUUUAGAUUUCAGAGGAGGUAAUAUUGUUGGCUCUUCUUUUAACACUAAGGAUGCAGCAACAAGUGCUUAUGUUUUUAUGAUCCAGAGCUUACUCUCCCAGUAUAAAGAUGUUGUGCAUAUUUUACCUGUGAAAACCAUAACAGCGGAUAUAUUGCACUUUAUACUUAAAAAGAUUGUAACAGGAUUAGAGAAUAUAGGGUUUUUCGUGGUUUGUGUAGUAAGUGACAAUAAUUCACUCAAUCGUAAAUCUAUGUGUUAUUUCUCAAAUCCACCAAAACUGAGUAUCGUUUAUCCUCAUCCAGUAAAAACAGACAGACCCUUAUUUUAUGUAAUUGAUGCAGUACAUAUAUUAAAAUGUAUACGAAAUAACUGGUUGAAUCAGAAAAACUUAAAUCAGUGUUUUCAAUACCCAGAUUUUGAGACAUUUGAAAAUAAUGUUAUUAUGAAAACUGCAUCUUUUUAUACUCUCAAAAAACUAUAUGAAGCUGAAAAGAAUAAUUUAGUUACAUUUAAUCGCUCUUUGACUUUUAAAUCUCUUAACCCAUCGAAUUUAGAGAGGCAGAAUGUCAAACUGGCACUGCAAGUUUUUAAUGAACAUGUAGUGAAUGCUCUAGUAGAACUAGAAGAAAAAAAUAAUCUGCAAUUUGCCAAAGAAACCGGAAAUUUUAUUAAAAUAAUUCAUGUUUGGUGGUGCAUUAUAAAUGUAAAAAGUCCCCAUAAAGGAAUACGACUAAGAAAUGAAAAUAUGAAUCCAUUAACUAAUUUGCCUGACGAUGAAAACGUGAAGUUCUUAAGUAAAUUUUUGAAUUGGCUGGAUGUUUGGAAAAGCAUGGGAUGCACUACAGGGAAUUUUACGAAAGAAACUCAUCAUGCUCUUACUCACACAACUCAUGCUUUGUUGGAAAUGAAGGAGUAUUGUAUCGAAGAGCUGAAAAUGAAAUAUUUUCUCUGUGGAAAAAUACAAACUGAUUCUUUAGAAGAGAGAUUCGGAAAGUAUAGAUUUUUAGCCGGAUCGCAAUAUCAUGUCUCAGUGAGGCAAAUAUUUGAAUGUGAGUCCAAACUCAGAUUACAAAACACUUUUUCAUUGAGAUCUGCAACUUUUGGUCAAAUUACUAUUGAUGAAUUUAAUGCUGUGUCUUCAUAUGAAAAGGAAGAUGAAGUAAUUAAUUACUUGAAUAUUGAUGUAACUAAUGAAGAUAUUUUAGGCAUCGAAAGUGUAAUACCAGUUUUGACAUACCUUGCAGGAUAUUGUGUUUAUGCCAUAUGCAAAAAACAGAAGUGUUCAUCAUGUCUGUCACAGUUUUCAAUUGAUAAAGAACUGAUAUGCGAAGAUUCAUAUCGCUUAAUUUCAAGUAUGGAUAGAGGAUGUUUAAAGUAUCCUCACCCAGACAUUGUGAAUAUUAUUGUGCAUUGCUAUAUAGUAGUUCAAAAACUUCUUUCUGAGAAAUACGAAAAUGAAUUUUUAAAAGUUCAAAAUCAACGAAAUUUUGCAUUGACUCUUGCAUUUUCUAUUAUAAAUAGGCUAGAAUUAUUUAAUUCAAUUGAUAUAUGUGAGUUAGGUCAUACUGCUGAGUAUUGUGUGAAACAAAUUUUGUGGGUGUGCAUAAACAUUUUACUUAAGAAUUACUGUUGUAAAAAAAAUGAUAACUAUAGAAAACCCUGUUUAAAAAGAAAACUACAAACACUACAGAAAGCAAAUAUCUAAAAUAAGGUAUUUAUAUUUUAGAAAACAUUCCAUUGCAUUUAAAAAAUAUCAGUUAUUUUAUUGCAUAUUUAUUUGUAAACUUUUUGUUGGCUU